GGGAAAGCAGUAAAAUUAGUGUUGAGCUGCCAGGCAGUCACUUGGCCCCUGGUGCCCGGGGACUCUGGGGUGUCACUGAGGCUCUGCAAACGCUGCUGAGAUGUCUCGGGUGAGAAUUCCAGAGAUGGACGAGACCCUGCGCUCCUUCGCCGAGAAGGUUUUUGCCUCCGAGGUGAAGGAUGAGGAGGUCAGGGGGGAAAUCUCUCAUUUUGACGUGGAAGAGAGCUGCCCCAUCUCCCGGCAGGAGAUGACGGUGCACAUGAUGCUGCAGGAGGCCAGCUCCACGGUGGAGAAGCGCAGGAAGAAGCUGAUCCGCAUGCAGACCACAGUGCUGGCCCCGCCCGUGGCCCCGGGGGCUGUCCCCAGCCUGGCUGUCACCGAGGAGGCCAGCUCCACCUGCCCCCAGUACCAGAGCGUGCCCCCCUUCCAGCGGGUGCAGAUCACUGGGGACUAUGCCUCUGGGGUGACAGUGGAAGACUUUGAGGUGGUGUGCAGGGGCCUGUACCGGGCGCUGUGCAUCCGGGAGAAGAACAUGCAGCAGUCACUGCAGAGGUUCCCCAAGACACCCUCGCAGUACCUGCGUGCCAUCGAGGGCGAGCCCUGGAGACCCAGUGACGCUGGCCCAGUGUUCACCCCACCAGUGAAGGAUGGGCAGGAUCCCCUGGACAGUGGGAACCUCCCUGAGGACCUGGGAUACCACGUGCAGAUGAAGGAUGGGAUAGUUUAUGUCUAUGCAGACAAGGCAGCGGCUGAGAGAAACGAGCCAAAGGACCUGCCCUACCCCAGCCUGGAGAACUUCAUUGAUGACAUGAACUUCCUCCUGGUCCUCAUUGCACAGGGGCCUGUGAAGACCUACACCCACCGGCGCCUCAAGUUCCUCUCGUCCAAGUUCCAAGUGCAUGAAAUGCUCAAUGAGAUGGAGGAGAUGAAGGAGCUGAAGAACAACCCCCACCGUGACUUCUACAACUGCAGGAAGGUGGACACACACAUCCAUGCUGCAGCCUGCAUGAACCAGAAGCACCUUCUGCGUUUCAUCAAGAAAUCCUACCGUGUGGAUGCCGACCGCGUGGUCUACAACGCCAAGGGCAAACAGCUCACCCUGAAACAGCUCUUCCAGCAGCUCAAACUGCACCCCUACGACCUGACAGUGGAUUCUCUGGAUGUCCAUGCUGGCCGGCAAACAUUCCAGCGCUUUGACAAGUUCAAUGACAAGUACAACCCCGUGGGCGCCAGCGAGCUCAGGGACCUCUACCUGAAGACAGAGAACGCCAUCCACGGCGAGUACUUUGCUACCAUCAUCAAGGAGGUUGGCUCUGACCUGGAGGAUGCCAAGUACCAGCACACGGAGCCCCGGCUCUCCAUCUACGGGCGGUCGCCUGAGGAGUGGGCCAGGCUGGCCAGCUGGUUCAACACCCACAGGGUCUAUUCCCCCAACAUGAAGUGGAUGAUCCAAGUGCCCAGGAUUUAUGAUGUGUUCAGGUCUAAGAAUUUCCUCCCCCACUUUGGGAAAAUGCUGGAAUGUAUCUUUGUUCCUGUGUUCGAGGCAACAGUCAAUCCCCAAGCCCACAAAGAGCUGAGUGUCUUUCUACGCCACAUCACAGGAUUUGACAGCGUGGAUGAUGAAUCCAAGCACAGUGGACACAUGUUUAGCACUAAAAGCCCAAAGCCAGAGGAGUGGACUUCCCAGAAGAACCCAUCCUACACCUACUACAUCUACUACAUGUAUGCCAACAUCCUGGUGCUCAACAACCUGCGCAGGCAGCGUGGCAUGAACACGUUCCUGUUCCGCCCGCACUGCGGCGAGGCCGGGGCCCUCACGCACCUGCUGGCCGCCUUCAUGACAGCUGAUAACAUCUCCCACGGGCUCAACCUCAAGAAGAGCCCAGUGCUGCAGUACCUGUACUUCCUUGCCAGAAUUCCCAUUGCCAUGUCCCCGCUCAGCAACAACAGCCUCUUCCUGGAGUACGCCAAGAACCCCUUGCUUGACUUCCACCAGAAAGGGCUCAUGGUGUCCCUUUCUACAGAUGACCCCAUGCAGUUCCACUACACCAAGGAGCCCCUCAUGGAGGAGUACGCCAUCGCUGCCCAGGUGUUCAAGCUCAGCACCUGUGACAUGUGUGAGAUCGCCAGGAACAGUGUCCUGCAGUGUGGCCUGUCCCAUGAGGAGAAAGUGAAGUUCCUGGGUGAAAAGUACCAGGAAGACGGGCCCGAUGGCAAUGACAUUCGGAAGACGAACGUGGCUCAGAUCCGCGUUGCCUAUCGCUACGAGACCUGGUGCUACGAGCUCAACCUCAUCGCCGAGGGGCUGAAGAACGAAUAGGCGGGGGCCGGACCGCGGGGCCGGGGCCGUGCUGGACUGUGAGGGGGGUCGGGACCGGGGCAAUGCCGGACUGUGAGGGGAGCCAGGGUCGGGACAGGGCCGUGCCGGACUGCGCGGCCUCGGGGCAGCAGCGCAGUAAAACCCCGUCUGUGAAGCGGA